AUGAAGUUCUCUGCUCUCCUCGUCUCCGCCGUCGCCCAAGUGGCCACUGCCCACUACUUUUUCGAUACCAACAUCGUUGGCGGCACCCAGCAGCCCGCCUUCAAAUACGUCCGCCAGUCGACCCGCCCCACCAAGUACAACCCCAUCAAGUUCUCCUCCAACCCGGCUGCCGACAUCCGUGACGGAUCCACGGCCGAUGGCCCCGAUAUCGUUUGCAACCAGGGCGCCUUCUCCUCGGCCAGCAAGACGCAGGUCUUGACCGUCAAGGCUGGUGACGAGGUCCGCGCCAAGUUGGCCGCCCCCGGCAGCGUCCAGUCCUACAGUGGAAUUGGCGGUGACUGGUUCAAGAUCUACGAGGAGGGUGUCUGCGAUGGUGGUGACUUCACCUCGACCGCCUGGUGCGACUACAACAGGGACUACAUUGCCGGCCGUAUCCCCACGGACACUCCCGAGGGAGAGUACCUGGUGCGUUUUGAGCACAUUGGUGUUCACCGCUCCCACCUGCCCGGAGGUUACAAGGCCACCGACCCCUAUGCCAACUUUAGCAUCUACAGCGGCCGCAAGGCCUUCCCUAUGCCCGGUCCCGCUGUCUGGAAGGGCGGUGCUGGUGGCGGUAGCACCAGCGCUCAACCUGCCAAGGAAGAGGCCGCUGCCCCCGCCCCUACUACCUUGUCUACUGUCGUCGUCCCUACCCCUGCUGCUGGUGCUGGCACAGGUGCCGGUCAGGCUGGCUGUGCUGCUCCAUGGGCUCAGUGUGGCGGACAGGGUUUCUCUGGUGCCAAGUGCUGCACCUCGGGAACCUGCAAGGUCGUCAACGCCUACUACUCCCAGUGCCAGUAGAGAAUUUGCUCGUCUUUGUAGCAAAUCUACGCACCGUGUUCGAGUAAGCUAAAGCCUUCCAAUCAUCUCUCUUUAGCUCUAGAGAUGUUGUACUAUCUUUGUCAAGAGCUUUCCUAGGAACAUGGCUGUACAUUGCCUUGUUUCCCUGUACAUACUCAAAGCUAUAUUCUAU